AUGGAUAAUCAAGGCAUUCCCAAACUCACGGCUCUCGAGCGUAUCGGGCCAAAGGGCUACCUCCGCUAUGUAUUCCCCUUCCAGCUCGCAGACAACUACGAUUUGGAGCAGGUGGCGCGCGUAAUCCAAUCCGGGUACGAAGCCCUCACGCGCCGGAUUCCCGUCGUCGGAUCCGAGGCCGUCCCUGAUCAAACCUGGCACCAGGCGGGGGUGAUGAAAUUGCAAGGGACGGGGGAUAAAGAGGGUGCGCGGCUGGUUGUCAAGGACCUCCGCAGUUCAUAUCCGUCCACGUACGCCGAGUUAAAGGCGAGGAAUUUCCCGGUCGCUGCGUUUGACGCUGAGACGCUCUGUCGCCGGUCGGUGUGGCCGCGGGCUGGGGAACGACUGCCUGUGUCGCUUGUGCAGGCCAAUUUCAUCCGUGGUGGCUUGCUGCUCACAUGGUGUAUCUUCCAUAUGGCCGGCGACGGCAGGUCGUUUUACCUCUGGACGAAGGUGUGGGCUGAGGAGUGUCGGCGGGCGCAGGGGAUCGAGAUCGCAGAGCCGGUUCAGUUCCCUGGGGCUGUGUGGAAGGAUCGCAAGCAGGUCAUGAAGCCGUCCGGGAACAAUGCAGGCAAGAUCGAGGACCAUCCCGAGUAUACGCUCCUCCCGUUCACGCCGCAGGGGGCGCCGCCGAAGAUGCUCUCCCAGAGUCACCGGGGCCAGGUGUUUUACUUCUCGAAGGAGUCGCUGGCGGCGUUGAAAGCAGAGGCGUCGCCUGCUAAUGCGACUCAGCCGACCGAUCAGUCCUGGGUGUCGACCAACGACGCUCUGUCUGCGCUCCUCUGGCGCACCGUCAUGGCAGUGCAGUCACCACUGGAAACCCUAGAGGGCGAUCCCGUAUCGACAUUCAACAUCGCCAUCGACGGGCGGGCACGAACAAGCCCUAAAGUCCACCCAGACACACUGGGCUGCUUCCUCGAGUACGUCGCGAUCAAGCUGCCGAUCCGCAAGAUCCUGGGCGAGCUGAACAUCGCCGAUCUGGCGAUCCAGAUCCGCAAGGCCAUCAUCCGGGCAGACGAAAGCUUCACAGACGAUGUUGUUGCUCUGGUGGACAAGCUUGAAGACGUCGAUCGGCUGGUUCCGACCGCGUUUUUGGACGUGCCGGGCUUUAAUUGCAUCCAGACCUCGUGGAUUGGCUUUGAGAUGUAUGGACUGGACUGGGGCAGUUUGCUGGGGAAAGGCAUUGAGGCAGUUCGAUCGCCGCAUGUGGGAGUGCUGAAUGGGACUCAGGUUGUGCUGCCGGUGCUGCCGGACGGGGGGAUGGAGGUCGUCAUGGGCGUCGAGGGCACUUGCUUGCAGACGCUGCUGAGGGACCCCUUGCUGACGCGGUUCGGGGUCUCGAGGUAG